AUGUAUAACCCCUUUACGGGCGAGACAAUUUCACUUCCUCUACUACGCUUGAGCAUGAAGUAUACGGUGGAGGCGUUCUCCAUAUCCUCCGCCCCUUCUUCCUCAGAUUGCACCUGCAUGGUCUUCGCCAACUCUUCAUACCGUGGUUUUGUUGUGGGAACAUGUCGUGUUAGUGAUAAAGAAUGGAGUAAGUGUGAAUUUUCUGGCAAUUUCGACGCAGGAAUGGACGUUGCUUACCUUAAAGGAGCCUUCUAUUUUGUGGAAAGAGAGGGAAGACUCGCGAAUUUCAACGUUGCUCAACGACAAUGGAACGUCCUUAUUAACAUACUAAAAUUUGAUCAUGGGCCAUCCAGGGACGUUGCCAGCACAACUCACAUGGUGGAGUCCGAGGGAGAGAUUUUGUUGAUUAGGCAGUACAAUGAAAUCGGAGAAGUAGCCGCCUUUGUUUCCAGGCUGGCUUUUGGGAAGAAGACUUGGGUUGAAGUCAAGAGUUUGGGAAAUCGAGCGUUGUUUCUUGGUCGUGGUACUUCACUGUCGCUUUCUUUGACUGCAAAAGAUGAAGAAAUUACGGACAAGAUCUUCACCACAAAUUUUCAAGGAGUCUUAACAGUUUUGGAAAUUGACAUCCACAAGGAAAGGCCAUUGCAAAAGUCCCCCUCUCCUUUUUCUAUUUAUAUAAUUUAA